AGGACAGCAGCGGGUGCUCGCGGUCUUCAGAUCUCGCACCCCUUUUCAGAUCGCGACGACCGCGACGACCGACCGUGACCGGGGAUCGAUGGAGGUACGCGCCCGGGCGCCCGGCAAGAUCAUCCUCGCGGGCGAGCACGCCGUCGUCCACGGCUCCGCUGCCGUCGCCGCUGCCAUCGACCUCUACACCACAUCCUCCCUCACCCUCCUCCCCGAAGGGGAGGAUGGCGGCGCAGGCGUGGUGGAGCUGGACCUUAGGGACUCAUGCCUCACCUUCUCUUGGCCGUGUUCGCGCCUCCGCGGGGCCCUGGGGGAGGUGGGCGGCAAGGCCGGGGCGCCGACGCCAUGCUCCCCUGACGAGCUCGCCGCCAUUGCCAAGCUCUUGGAGGGCCAAGAGAUCCCCGAGGCCAAGAUCUGGCUCUCUUCCGGCCUCUCCGCCUUCCUUUACCUCUACACCUCCAUCAUGGGCUGCAAGCCUGGGAAGGCGGUGGUCACCUCGGACCUGCCCAUAGGUGCGGGGCUCGGCUCGUCCGCAGCUUUCUGCGUGUCCAUGUCGGGUGCUAUAUUGACGGCGGCUGGUGCAGUCGGCAUUGGAGGAGACAGGGAGGCUGAUGAGUGGGAGUUGUUCAGGAAGGAUGAUCUUGAGCUGGUCAACCAGUGGGCGUUCCAAGGGGAAAAGAUCAUCCAUGGCAAGCCUUCUGGCAUCGACAAUUCUGUUAGCACUUUCGGAAGCAUGAUUAAAUUCAAGAAGGGGGAAAUGACAAACCUCAAGUCCAGGAACCCAGUCAAAAUGCUCAUCACUGAUACAAGAGUUGGUAGGAACACAAAGGCCCUAGUUGCUGGUGUAUCUGAAAGAGCAUCUAGGCAUCCAGAUGCUAUGGCUUCUGUCUUCCAUGCAGUGGACUCCAUUAGUGAAGAGCUUUCAAGCAUUGUUGAGUUAGCAGCCGAGGAUGAAAUAGCCAUCACCUCGAAGGAGGAAAAGCUAGCAGAGCUUAUGGAGAUGAACCAAGGUUUGCUUCAGUGCAUGGGAGUUAGCCAUUCUUCUAUAGAAACAGUGUUGCGAACAACUCUGAAAUAUAGCCUGGUCUCAAAGCUAACAGGAGCUGGUGGUGGAGGCUGUGUGUUAACUCUAAUACCGACCCUAUCAGCCAGCAUAGUUUUGGAGAAAGUCGCCACAGAGCUUGAAUCUCAUGGUUUUUGCUGCUUUAAAGUUGAGGUUGGUGGACGAGGUCUUCAAGUAUGCCGAGGAUAAGACUCAUCAUGUUCCAAGGAGAUGUUGUACCAUACUUUUAGAAAAUGCCUUACCCUACCGAACUAAAGAAGUUAAGAUUCACUACUUCAAUUGUUCGAUGAUUAGGAUAUUCUUCUGCCUUCCCUAGGAGAUUCUUGUAUUCACUACAUGAAUUUCAAGAUGCGGAUAUUCUUCUGCUAUUCCUAGCAGAUUCUUGUAUCGAAUAAGCACCCAGCUGCACUAUUGCUGGUGCUAUUGUUGUAUCAAAAUUAAAAUUAAACUUAAUAAUUAUUGCAAUGUUGUAUCAAUAAAAUAUCAGUCCCCCCCCCCCCAAAACCAAAAAGAAAAUCAGAUCAUUCCAUAAAUUGCUUUGAAUUGUUCGUUUUGUGCAAACUUUAUCCAAUCAAGAUCCUUGUUCGCUCUAUGUGCACAGGCUAUGCAAACUGAAGGCAUUUUUUGUUGGACUGGAAUCACGCAUCAAUCUUGUUGUAUGAAGAACACAGCGAGUAUACGGAAGCAUGAUUAAAUUCAAGAAGGGGGAAAUGACAAACCUCAAGUCCAGGAACCCAGUCAAAAUGCUCAUUACUGAUACAAGAGUUGGUAGGAACACAAAGGCCCUAGUUGCUGGUGUAUCUGAAAGAGCAUCUAGGCAUCCAGAUGCUAUGGCUUCUGUCUUCCAUGCAGUGAACUCCAUUAGUGAAGAGCUUUCAAGCAUUGUUGAGUUAGCAGCCGAGGAUGAAAUAGCCAUCACCUCGAAGGAGGAAAAGCUAGCAGAGCUUAUGGAGAUGAACCAAGGUUUGCUUCAGUGCAUGGGAGUUAGCCAUUCUUCUAUAGAAACAGUGUUGCGAACAACUCUGAAAUAUAGCCCGGUCUCAAAGCUAACUUUAACCAAAGAAGAUACUUAAAUAUAGUUAAAUCAGAAGUGCUGGAGAUACCACAACCAGGUCUUGACUCUAAACUUUCUGAAAUUCAUCACUGGAUAACUGUUCGUAAAAAAACAGGGAGUUUUCAUAGAAGAGUUAGUCGGGCUAAGAAAGAAUGUUCAAGAGAAGGACCACCUUGUUCUGGAUGGGUUGAGGGCAUGGUGCCGGUUUUCUCAAAGUCUGCUUGGCAAUGUUUGUGGCAUCUUAUUCAGAAUGAUCUUAUCCAUGGAUGGGGCAACGAUUACAAGUUUGGGUAUUGUGCUCAGGGUGACUAACAUCAGAGUAGUUGAUAGUGAAUUUAUAGUUCAUUGAGGAGUGCAGACAUUAGGAGGUUCGACAACAACAAAGGAUGGCGCUCGAGGCAAAAAAGCUAAGCAACUCCAUCAGAAAGAUGCUGAAGUGAAAAAGACAAGAGGGAGGGCAGCGGGUCUCGACAUGCGAACAAAGAUCCGGAGAAAAUCACGAUCUGAGCUUCGUGAUUUCCAGAAGCGUUGGGACCGGGCCACAAGGGAAGACAGAACAUGGGUCGAUCCGUUUUCUCGCUCUCGAAGAAAACGGAGGAAUAGAAACCCACAGUUGAUUGGCAGUCUUCAUAGUUACACAAUAUCCCAUUUGGACCAUUGAUUUAGAAUGUAUACUUGCAUAAUUAAUGCCGUAUAAAAUUUCAAGGACGAAACAGAAACAAA